AUGAACGUCAACAUUCAGUUGCAAGGAAGCAAAGAAAAGAUUCGAAGGCUCUCUCUGUACAAGUCUUGUGAGGGUGAGUACACAGUUAAUAGACGAUAUGGAUAUUCGUUACUUAGUCGUGAUAAGGAGAUAGUCGAAGAUGCUAUCAUUGACCAUACAGAAGUUCCCAAACUUAAGAGACAAUAUGAAUUAAAGGGGGAAUAUUUGCAACCCGUGCUGCGAAUUGCACAACAAGGUCAUAAGGUGUCGCCGGAUGAGUUGCUUUGCAUUGGGUGGAAGUAUAAUCCUGCAGAGUUACCCUAUAUGAGUAGAGAACAGAUCAAGAAACGCACAGGCCAAGGAUUGCCAGAUUCAGAAUUGUUAAAGUCGUUACAUUAUUAUAUGUUGGACAGAGUGAGGAAGAGUAGUUUGACUAAGGGAAAUGGUGUUAAUGAACCUGAUUUUAAGAGAUUUUUAGAUGAGAGCUCCAUGAUUGCAUUGGGAAAAGUGAUUGAAAGCUGGAUUGAGAAGAUGGUGGAUGAGGGAGAUACGUGGAAGGAUUAUAUGGAGGUUACAUUAGACGACGUGCAGAAAGAAGAGUCGACUGAUGAAUCUGCUUCAAAUCAAUCCUCAUCGUCUUCAUCGCCUUCAUCGCCUUCAUCACCGUCUUCUGCAAGUUCCGCUUUGUCAUGA